AUAUUUCAAACUAUUUCUAUGGCCACCACAGCUUCAAUACACAAAUGGCCAUUGAGGCAUGUAAGUACCAAUGUUUCAUACUUUUGAAAUGCCAUAAGAUUUUGUUAUUCCCACUAUGCAGGGAGUUGUUAAAACGAUUCACAUCAGAGAAAUCCAGAUAUUUCCAGUCGCAGAGCCGAAUGAUGUCUAAUCCAAGCGGUCAACGUUUGCCCUAUGGGUUGGCAGUGCACCCCAUGUCUGGGAUGGGAGUCCCUGGAAUGGUCAGCCUCCAGCAAAUGCAGGCCCAGGGUAUGUCCGUACCGGGCAUGGUCGGAGUACCCGCGGGCAUGUCUGCCGUGCAGAUGCCGCCAGGGGUGUCGCGGGUGCCAAAUGGCAUGGGGGGUCUCUACCAAGCAGAGAAGCAGGUCAUGUACCCAGGGGGUGUGCCGCAGUACCAGAGCCUUGGACAGGCUGGUCUCCUAGCGACCUCUGGCUCCCUGGGUCAGCCUGGGGCGGCUUACUAUGGGUCAGCCCAGCCAAUGUACAUCCCUGUGUCCAGUCCUGAUGGUCAGCAGAGAUACAUGGUCUCACCAUCAUACGCAGCCUUGCAGCGGGCUAGCCCAUCUAUGAUGUCUGCUGGCUACCCACUGACGCCAGGUCAAGCCUACUCCCUGCAGUACACCCUGGCGGGGCAGAUGCCAGUCACGACGACAUCGCUAUCCAGCCAGGCGGGUAACCCGUACCCGACCUACAUCAACUCCCAGCUGACCCCUCUGCAGAUCCCUGCACAGAACCCCUACGCGGGGCAUCCCCUGUACCCGUCCAACCCAUAUGCAGGCUUGCAGUUCCAACAGGCUCAGAUUCCUGGUGCCCCACAGCUGGCCGGGCGUGUUGCCCAGGUGCCUCAGGGCCUCCCCCUGGGGUACCCGGCCCACUACGCCAACCCCUGACGGUACCCCAUGGCCUACGACCCAGAUGAAAUGGAGUCCUAGGUCCCUUGUUUAGAACUACAUCAGCCCCGUAUUUGCCAACCAAUUCUUCAACUUAAGUGAAAAAAUAAAGAUAAUUCUUAAAACUGUACUAAAAAUUUUGGAAAGUAAAGUCAAGAAUGGCAGUUAAAACCUUAAAAUGUUUAAUUCUUUGUUAAGAGCAAUACGUUCAUGAUAUAAGCACCUUUUUUAGCAUAUUUAUGGAGUAUGAGACUUUUCUUUGUUCUUAAGUCUAAGAUGGGGUUAGUGAAUACGGGCCAGUGUUUCUUCCCGUUAAGCAGUCGUCAGACGUAUGUUUAGAUGGCUGACCCUGUUGGUGUAGUUUAUGUAGAUCUGCAUUUAUGAUUUAUGAUUUACUACACUUGUUUCACCAUUGAUGCUUCUGGUUCAUUUGUAUUUACAUAAUGUUAUUAGCAGGCCAUCACUCUUGUAUAAUAUUGUUAUCUAAGAUGAAUUUCAUAUUGAAACAUGUGGCACCUCAUUUUUGAAAGUUUGAACAAAGACACGAAAAUCAGAUGGUUAUCUUCUGAGUCUUUUGUUACAAUUUAUUAAUAUUUACACGUUGUUUUUAUUAAGAUUCAUUCAGUAAACUAACCAAUGGCUAUUUUAACUAGGGAAUUUUCUAAACUCUACAUUAAUUUUGUUUAUGAACCAUUAGUUAUAUCAUUAUAUAAUGAAGUGUUAACUGCAUUUGGAAGAAUUAAAAUGCAAUUUAAACUUUAUUAAAGAAAUUAAUUACAAUGUUUUUUGAUGAUUUUGAACUCGU